ACGUGGGUUACAAAUAUAUUUCAAAACAAGACAAUACACCAUCUUGAUUUUGGUUGCUCCGUGUUUCAUGGUUGGGUAUAUAGUACAUUAUUUACGUUGGUUGACUAUUUUGUGGUUGAAGCUGUGAGGAAGAUUUCAGUUAUAAAAUAGCCUAGAACUCAGAAAGAAGAAUUAUCGUCGUAUAAGAAGAAUGGGCAAAGUUUUUCCAUUCUUUAGCUGACAAUGGAGAAAGAGAAACAAUUGAAAUGCAUCAUUUGUGGCAAGCAUUUGUCAUCUGUGUACCAUUAUCACAAACACAAUGUGCGUCAACAUUCUCUUGUGGAGUUAUCAAGAUCCAUAUUAAAGUUACAGGAGUUGCAGCUACCUUUAACAGACCCAACUUCAGAUGAGGAGGAGGAUGAGGAAGAGGAAGAGAGGAGGCGGCUAGAGCUGGACAUGGCCGAUGUCCUAGAUUUGCCCAUAAAGUGUGAAUUGAUGGAUGAGGAAGUGAUUGAACUUGGGCCUACUGAAAAUGCUGAUGAUCUUCAAGUGAAAAGUCGUCUUGUCAAGAAUCCAAACAGCACCAAACAAGAAUCACGGCAAAUUAUUGAGUUUCAAGAGUUUCCUCCAUGCUAUAUCAACCCAGCCAUUGAGGAUCCUGAUGCUAUAGUUGUUAAGUUCAACCGAGAAUUGGUGAUGGCCCUGGACAAUACUCAAGCCUCUGUUUGCACAACUUUUCCUCAGAAAAAUAAGUUUCCAAACCGAAAUUUGAGAGCAGUUUGCAAAAGGAACAUAGAAAUUCCUGAUCCAGUGGCUUUUGCCAAGGAUCAUAGUCAAAUUGGGUCACGUACAUAUGAUAAGUAUAUCAUGCAAAAAGUAAUUCUUAGAGAAGAUCCCCCUAAAAGAGGGAGGGGACGACCCAGAAAGGCCUUCAAGCCUAUGGACUAUUUGCAGACAGAAGGAAGAGCAAGAGGUCUGGACAAAAGUAAUGAGGGCAUGGAAGAAGAAGAUAUGGAAGAUCUUGAAGAGCCUAUACUUUCAUCAGAUAACGAAGACGGUGAGAAAUCAGCCACCGUACCCAACGUGAUCAGGUCCCGUUCAGGUAGGGUCAUCAAGACAAAAAAAGGGGAUGGUACCUUCAAAUACUAUGGUAUCCCAGGCCAGAUAUUAGAACAUGAAGAGCUCAGCAGUCAUGCAGAAUGGAAAGAUGUUAGCCAGAGUAAAGUAAAAGUCAAGUUCAAAAGAAAACGUAAGUCUCUCGCCGAUGGAAUAAGUGAACAAGUCCGUGUAGAUAAUAUGGAUAAUCCUGCUGUUGAAAACUCGUCAGCUGUUUUGAUAAGCAAUGGAGGAGCAAACAGUGAUGUUGUAAAAGUUGAAUUGAGUGAAAUAGAGGAAGGUGUAAGUAUGCCUGUAAUUACUCAUCAUAUUGAAAAUGAUAAUUAUGAGCAAGUGGACACAUCAAAGUCUGUUAAUAUUACCGAUGAAAGUUUUGAAUGUUUGCUUUGCUUCAGGUCAUUCUGUUCUAAAGACUGGGAAAAACAUACGCAGGAACAUCUGAGUGAUUCAGUAGCAAAAUCAGGUGACAUGUUAAAUUCAUCUUCAAGUGUUGAUCCUGAAAAGUUAUUAAAUAAUGUUGAAAAAGAAAGAAAUAUAAAUAUCAAGGAAGAAAGGUCUUUGCCUUUCACUGCAGUAGAAAAUGACUUGAAUAACAAAAAAUCAAAUACAGAAGUUGAAACAAAAAGCUCAGAAAUAUCAGGUAUUGCACUAAAACAUGAAAAUCAGGCUUCACAUCGGUGCUCAUUAUGUAAUGUUACUUUUCAUUCCAAAGAAGAAUAUAAAGCUCACUCGCACGAUUCCCCUCAUGAAUGUAACUUUUGUGGAAAGAAAUAUCAAAGUCGACCUAAUCUAGAGACCCACGUAAAGAAGUACCACGAAGAAACUGAGUGGAUGAAGUACAAAUGUGCAACUUGCGGCAAAAGCUUUGGGUUUCUUUUGGCUUUAGAGCGACAUAUGAAAGAGCAUAAUCCAAAUCAGAAAUUUUGCUGUGACCAGUGUGGAAAAGUGUUUAAAAAUCUUGCAAAUUUGAAAAGUCACAUUCCACUGCAUACUAAGGAUGAGGUUUAUGAGUGCCCUCAUUGCCCUAAAAUUUACUAUAUUAAGUAUAGUUAUGAAAAACACCUGAAAACACAUGAAUGUAGCCCUCAGUACCAUUGUGAUAUAUGUGAGAGAAAGUUCAUAGAAAAGAAACAGUUUGAAGUUCAUUUGGAGAGACAUCAGGUCAGUGGAAGCCAUGGCAGGAGUAAAGAUUUCAAGUGCAAUAGUUGUGGUGAUAUCAAAACAAAAAGUGAUCUGGAUUUAGUAGGAAUUACUGAUGUAGGACACCAUAAGACGUGUGUUGCUUGUGGUAAGGGUUUGUACAAAAAGUACAGAUAUAUUGUAGAUCAUCAUGAGAGUACAUCAUUCCCAAUGAAAGAUGAAAGACAAAGAGAGCAGUGCAAAUGGUGUGGUAAAUAUGUUCUGAAUCUUUCCAGACAUAUAAAAAAUACACAUUUAGGCAAUGACUAUGUAUCCUGUGACCUUUGUGGUAUGGCUGUAACAAAAGCAUCAUUACCAUCACAUAAAAAUCGUAAGCAUGGUGGUUCAAAGGUUACUUGUGAUCAUUGCAAUCAGACAUUCAAAAAUGUUAUGUGCUUACAAGAACAUAUGACAAAAGUACGUAGAAAGGAAGAUCCUUCAAGAAAUGUUUGCAAAUUCUGCAAAGAGACUGUAAGUGCUGAUAAUUGGAAGGAGCAUAUGACUAAGCACAAAAGUAAGUGUAGUGAUUGUGGUGCUGCUCAUUUUUCAACACAUGAAGAAUUUUUGGCUCACCUUGACUCUUGCAGGCGUUGUAGUAACUGCAACCUAUCAACCUUUGUGUCUAGGGAAGAAUUCCUUAAUCAUAUUGAAAUUUGCAGCAGUGGCAUAGAUGUCAUUACCAGUAGUCUAGAUUCAGCAAAUGAGCAAGAAGUUGUUACCAGCAUUUUUGCAAUUGUGGACGGCAACACAUGUGAAAUUUGUGGACUUAUGUCGUCUGACCCCGAGUCUCUUGCUCAGCACAUUGCUGAUGAGCACCCAGAGACAAUUCCAGCUAGUCAUGUGUUUGGAGAUAGCAGCAUGAUCAGUGAAGCAAUAUUAUAUGCUUGCCCUAAGGAUACUUGUGGUGCUAUUGUUACUAGCAAGGAUUUGCUAAAAAGUCAUAUGUCUUCUGUUCAUAAUAUUCCUGUUGGAGGUGAUGACUCAGGAGUUACAGAUGACACACAAAGAUAUCUUUACUCAUCUGUAGGAUUCAAGUCUCUUAUGUAAAGAUUUUUAAAAUUUUUUUUAUUUUAUGAAUAGCUUUAAGACUGCCAUGUUGGGAAGAAUGUAGGCUGUGAUAAUUUAAGCAGAAUUACUGUAUGUACAGUAUUAUUUUAAAAUAUUACAGAACCAUGAUAGAAUA